UACAAUUCAAGAUGACAACCCAGCCAAUGGAUGUCAUGGGUCAGUGGAAGAUCACGAUGUGGGAAGAGCAGAACUUCCAAGGAAAACACUGCGAGUUUAUGCUGGAAUGUCCCAACAUCAUGGAGCGUGGAUUCAACAAGAUCCGAUCCAUCAAGGUAGAAUGUGGACCCUGGGCAGGAUUCGAACACCCAGAAUUCCAGGGACAGCAGUUCAUUCUGGAGAAGGGAGACUACCCACGCUGGGACGCCUGGAGCGGAAACAGUGGCUACAGGACCGAACACCUUCUCUCCUUCCGCCCCAUCAAGAGUGCCAACCACAGCGACAGCAAGAUCUCCCUGUACGAAAACGAGAACUUCCAGGGGCGCAAGUUUGAGCUCUGCGAUGACUACCCAUCCCUGCAAGCCAUGGGCUGGUGCAGCAAGGAGGUUGCCUCCAUCAAGGUCCACUCUGGAGCCUGGGUUGGCUACCAGUACCCUGGCUACAGAGGCUACCAAUACAUCUUCGAGCGGGACCGACACAAUGGUGAAUACAAGAACUACAACGAGUACAGUACCCAGGCCCACACCAACCAGAUGCAAUCCAUGCGCAGAGUCCAGCACUAGACUGUGAAGAGACCCACCUACCCACUGGGGG